AGCGAACUCGGUUGCUUUACGUUCCGCGGCUGGCGCACACAGAAGCGCACAUUCACACGCAGACAACGUCUCCCUGUGGAAACAAAACCUUACUCAUUUUUUGGACUCACAAAGGCAAAACCGGAAAAAAAAAUGCCUAUAGAAAGAAAGUUUGGCGCGGCGGUGCCUCCCUCGCGUGUGCUUUCGACGGCGUGGUGUAGCCGACUGCCCUCCCUCGUCUCCGCCAGGUCUUGCCUCUCUCACAGAGGAGUUGGAGGUGCACGCCUCUCCCGUUCCGGCUCCCUCAGCACCUCCUCCUCCACCGCGGCCCCAGCGCUCCCCUUCUUCAUUGCCAGUCGUCACCAGUCAAGUGAUCAGUUUCACCGCUAUCUACACCACCCGCACGUGGUGCAACCCGACGGCGUGGACGGCCUGCCACGGGUGAAAGGCGACCAGCAGCAGUGGCUCAACACGGAGCAGUGGGACGGCUACAGUGCCACCUACCUGCAGCGCCACAUGCAAUACCCGGCCACCGCCGAGCACCCCAACCCGCACCUCAACCCCCGGCACGAGCUUCUGUAUACGUGUCUCCGGCUCGUCUACGACCUGUACGGCAGCCUGGCCGACGACCUCCAGCAGCUGCAUGAUGACCCGCUGCACUCGCAGUUCCACCGUCGCAUCGAGCGGAUUAAACGCGAUCGGGAGCGCAUUGCAGCGGAACUCGACAAGCGCUACGCCCCGCUGCACCCGACGGUCAAGACCGUCUACGACGCCUUCCUCGUCCGUCGCUACUACCACCUCGGCGAUUGGAUCACGCACGUUGAGCAGAAGCGGGAGAACCUGAUCAACGACCUCAGCCCCGAGCAUAUGGAGCACAUCAUGAAGAUGCGCGGCAUCGCGGAGCAGCACCUGAAGAGCUUAAAGAGACUAGAGCGCGCCCUCUACGAGGACCCUAUUCUUCACUUGCUGGAAGGAGAAGGCACCAACGAUGCGGUGGAGCAAUACAGUGCGGGUGAGCUGGCUAUGCUACGCCAGAAGGCUACCUAUUUUCGAAAGAUGCGCCGGUUUGGUGCGAACCAGCUGGACUCCGAUGUACACACACACUAA